GCUUCUUCUACCCAUUCUUUCUGCCCCUCCAGGUGUCCAGAUCGAUUCUUCUCUACUAUCUUGGUAUCAGUCUUCCAACAUGUAAAUUUGAUACACUUAUCGGUGCUCCUUUCCUACGGUCAUUCGCUUCGAUCAACGCUGUAUUCGGCCUUCUACUAAUCCUUGAUUGUUGGGCUUGCCUUGGCUAUUGCUAUCCUGGACAUAUCUGAAUAUAACUUCGACAGGCAAAAUGGACCAAUCCGCGCCUCUUAGGCGGACUCCAACCAGCAAUUCCGACAAUGCUUUGGACGAUACUGCUUCUCUGACUGCGGUUCAUUCCGGUGCUUCAUCGUCUACUUCUUCUAGACCUCAUUUCCCCAACGGCCGCACUCCUUCAACUCAUUCGCUGCUGGCCGCUCACAAGAAUCCUGAUGUCCGCAAGGCUGCCCACACCGAGACCACCAAGGCUUCGGCCGACCGUUCUAGCAUAAGUAUGCCGCCUCCCAUCUCCAAGCCCCUCGCAGACAGGCGCUUGUCCACCUCUUUGAACUCCCCGAGGUCUCAGAGAAGAUCCGAGGAUGACGCCAGAAGUCCACCCGCUUCGCUCAAGAGUCUCGAUGGAGAUAGGGCCUUAUUUGGCGCCUCACCUACUGCUCAGACUUCUACGACGGGCUACGACCGGACCGUGGUCACCACGGCCUCCACCUCAAAAGCCCCAGGUCUGCCCCUGCUUUCGCCUCCUGCCUUCAAUCCAAGCAUUCCUAAUCAGUCAGAUAUAGUGUCAACCUUGUCUUCUCAGGUCACGUCCCCUUCGUCCGCUACCAAGAGUGAUACCUCUAUUCCUGCCGGCCAAACCCUGGGAUCUAUACCGAGGCCCGAUAUUUCCGAGACCAUCUUGCCCAACAGAGUCCCGCGAGUCCCCAAACCACGCUCAAUUUCUUCUAGUCGGCGCCUCAGUGGCACUGGGCCCUCCAAGAACGACGCUGCGAGUACCGAGAGCAAGGUAUCCAUGGGGAGAAUCGGAGUCUGUGCACUCGACGUCAAAGCCCGCAGCCGACCCAGUCGCCAGAUCUUGACUCGUCUUCAAGGUGAUGGCGACUUUGAAGUUAUCGUCUUCGGGGACAAGGCAAUCCUCGACGAGGACGUCGAGAACUGGCCUAUAUGUGAUUUCCUCAUAUCCUUUUUCUCCGAUGGGUUUCCUCUCGACAAAGCCAUUGCAUACGUCAAACUGCGAAAGCCUUUCGUUGUCAAUGACUUGCCUAUGCAAAAGGUUCUCUGGGAUCGCCGAUUGUGCCUGAAAAUUUUGGACCACAUGCAGAUUCCCACACCGAGGCGCAUCGAAGUCAAUCGAGACGGUGGACCAAGGCUAGAAUCCCCUGAGCUUGCCCAACAUGUCUACAACAUGACUGGUGUCGUACUGGAAGGCCCCGAAGAUGGCACAGGCGGUGGUACCCCUAUAACUAAAUCGGUCGAGCUAACAGACGAGGGUGAUACCAUUGUCGUGGACGGGAAAUCUCUCAAGAAGCCUUUUGUUGAAAAGCCUGUCAAUGGAGAAGACCACAACGUCAUCAUUUAUUUCCCCCGAUCUCAGGACGGUGGAGCAAGAAGGCUUUUCAGAAAGAUAGGCAACAAAUCCUCCGAGUACGAUCCUAAUCUGAACGUGCCUCGAUCCAUCACGGAACCGAAUAGCAGCUACAUCUAUGAACAAUUUCUCAGGACGGAAAAUGCUGAAGACGUCAAAGCCUACACUGUCGGCCCUGACUACUGCCACGCAGAGACAAGGAAGUCGCCCGUGGUGGAUGGGUUGGUUCGUCGAAACACCCACGGAAAGGAGCUUAGGUAUGUGACGAAACUCAACGAUGCCGAACGGGAUAUAGCAGCAAAGGUUGCUCGAGCUUUCGGCCAACGCAUCUGUGGCUUCGAUAUGUUGCGGACCGGCAAUGCCAGCUACAUCAUCGACGUUAACGGAUGGAGUUUCGUCAAAGACAAUGAAGACUAUUACAAUGAUUGCGCCAAAAUCCUGCGAGGCAUGUUCGUCUCCGAGAAGUUCAAGCAGGAAAAUGGCAUGCUGGACGAGCUACCUGCCGAAUCAAGCGACGACCUUCCAGCCCGCCGCCAAGGCACGAGCCACUCCCAUCGCUCAGCAUUGAAGACGAUCCUGAAAUCUCCAAGCAUGACCAAGCUGUCUCAACACUUGCCUCAUUCCAACCGGCACCACUCUGUAACUGCCGCAGGCUCUCCGAAAUCGUCUACCAUGACCACACCGUUGAGCUCACCUCCCAGCUUGGAGAGGCAUCCCAAUGCCUUGGCGAUGCCAAAUGCCGCAGAAAAUAUAGAAAGUCUCCCACCACCAAUUGUGAACACGGCGCCGACGAGCGCAACUGAGAACGAGAGUUUACCAUCUGCUCGAGAGCAGGAGGCACCAGCUCCCAUGCCUAGCUCAAAACACUCGUGGAAGUUGAAGGGAUUUGUUACGGUCAUUCGACACGCGGAUAGAACGCCAAAGCAGAAGAUCAAAUUCACGGCCCACUCCCAGGUCUUUGCUGAUCUCCUGAAGGGCCAUCACGAAGAGGUGCUGUUGAAAGGUGAAGCCGCUUUGGCCAGUGUCGAGGCAGCAGUGAAAAUUGCGCAGCGGGACCAUCUUGAAGAUCCGGAUAAAUUGCACAAUUUGCGAGUUGCGCUUGCCAAGAAGGGCUCACAGCCUGGCACCAAAGUGCAGAUCAAACCCAUGUUUCGAAAGCGAAGACCAGAGGAGAUGUCGGCCAAUACCAAUGUCGCUGCGCAUCCUAGUAGUCCGUCUGUGUUGUCGAUAUCCGAGACGGAACCAUUCCAGAUCUCAGAGUCACCACUUGCGGAACGUUCCAGCUCAAUAUCAGAAACCAGAGAUACAGCCCAGCUGCGCCGACUUCAGACCAGAAGCGACUCUAUAUCCGGAGCAACCUUUUCUCGAUUCUCAGCAGCAGAAAAUGAUCUUGUCCUGGACAAGCUGCAGCUAGUCAUGAAGUGGGGAGGAGAGCCUACCCACUCAGCUCGCUAUCAGUCCCAGGAUCUCGGAGCCAAUAUGCGCGACGACUUCAAGUUGCUCAAUAGAGAGGUUUUCAACGAUGUCCGCAUAUUCACAAGCUCCGAGAAACGGGUCAAGACCAGUGCGCAAAUAUGGACUGCUGCGUUCCUCGAUCGCCAAGAUAUCGCAGAAGAUUUCAUUCAGGUCAGGAAGGAUCUUCUGGACGACUCGAACGCUGCCAAGGAUGUCAUGGACAAGGUGAAGAAGAAGCUUAAGCACCUUCUUCGGGAAGGCAAUGUUCCGGAGGCAUUCGCAUGGCCAAAGGAUGUUGCAUCGCCAUUCGUUGUCAUGCACAAUGUGAUUGAUCUGCUCAAAUUCCAUCGGAGAGUCAUGAGACACAAUUUCAAGAAGCUUACGACGGGCGCCGCUGCUUCGCUAGCUGCAUUGAACGGCUCUCCAGAUUCCAAAGACACAAACAAAGACACCGUCACUGUUGCCUCGAUACAAUCCAGAUGGUGCACCGGAGAAGACGCAGAACUUUUCAAGGAGCGCUGGGAGAAGUUGUUCACCGAAUUUUGCGACACCGAGAAGGCCGACCCCAGCAAGAUUUCCGAGUUGUACGACACCAUGAAGUAUGAUGCACUUCACAACAAGCAAUUCCUUGAAUGGGUCUUCACCCCGAGUCAGUCGCUGUUGGAUGAGAUGGCAAGGGAGGAAGGCCUUGCGUUGUCAGCUAGUCCGCCGGAGUCAGAGCACGUCGAGGGGUCGGCUUCUCCUGUCAGUAAAAGCCGUCAGGAGAGCAUCGUCUCUGCCGCAGGUAGCCUCACCGACAAGCACUCUUUCGCUCAAAAGAUUGGGUUGAGGAGGCAAUCAGUCCUCAAGCAGCCAGUGCCGGCUCCGCCCUUGUAUUCGUGGGAACAAGGUGCUUCCUACUUCAAGCUGUUCAGUGGACCUCCCGAGACCAAAUCCAGCCUCGAUCAACGCCUCGGUCGGUUGAGAGAAUUGUAUCGAUACAGCAAAAUUCUGUUUGACUACAUCGGACCACAAGAAUACGGCAUCAGUGACGAGGAGAAACUGGAGAUUGGCCUUCUGACAUCGCUUCCACUCCUUCGAGAGAUUGUAGACGAUCUCGAAGAGCUCCAAGCUUCGGGCGACGCCAAGUCGUUCAUCUAUUUCACCAAGGAAUCUCACAUCUACACACUUCUCAACUGCAUCAUGGAAGGUGGAAUUCACACCAAGAUCAAGCGCUCCACCAUUCCCGAGCUGGACUAUCUCUCUCAGAUUUGUUUCGAACUGUACGAGGCCAAGGAUGCUGACACUGCAGAGUCGACCUAUUCGAUACGCAUUUCCAUCUCGCCGGGGUGCCAUACCAUCGACCCUCUCGACGUAUCUCUUGACUCGAAACACGCCAUUGGAUCGGCACCGAGGCGCUCGUUAACAAAUCAUCAGGACUGGAAAGAGGUCAUAUCGACGCUGAAGGCGAAGUUCAAUACGGUCCAGCUCCCGAAGAGUUUCCUUGCUGUAAAUGUGAGUGAGAAGCAUGAGCAGGAGGCGGAAAGAAGAGCCAGCUAUUUGCAGAGUGAGGCCGCAAAGCAGAGGCAUGAGCGUGGUGAGGACUUGGAAGGAGAAUGGGUCGUGAAUGACAAUGAGGACGAGGGCCCGAGUGGUCAUGGUGUCCAGGACGUGAACGACAACGCGGAUACAGAACCGCUGUCCCCUCGCGACGUUACUGCCACCGACUCAAACGCCACCACGACAGAGGAGCAGUGAUCACUACGAACGGAACAUCGUGCACGCCAUCUGCAAUUGUUUCCUGAUGAUGGUUCUAGACGACCGUUUUGACGAGCCAGUGCAGGAAGACUUAGCGACAGGGUUGCGAAUUGUACAGAACAUGGUAUGAAGCCGGAACAUGUGUACUUGGGUGGCUGUUUCAAGUUUUGGGUCGAUGUUAAUCAGCUUUUAACGUUGGCUGAAGCCAGGCUUGGGACGACAAUUUGUACUGGUUGGCUCCGUGUUUUGCGGGCGACGACAACUAUAAAGAACGUGGAACAGGCACAUGCUUUGAGGGGCGAGGGGCGUAAUGAUUAACUGCACAUGCAAAGAGUCCAUAGAGCGGAUCAUGUAUAGAUGGGACGCGCAGUCUGUCAGAGUAUUGCUUGUAACAUGCAUUUGGUGUCUACCAAAGACAUUUUGAAUGUAAAAAUCUAUAGCA